GUGCUGCCACUAAAAUAGAGCACUAUGUGUGAGGGGUAUGGGAGGUUAUUGUGUGGCCCGUGCUCCACAAGAUAAGUAUAGAAAAAACCACCUCCCUCUUUAAUGAAACCUCCUUCCUGAGGCUCAGUGAUUUGAAGUUCCAUUGCAGUAAGAUGAUCAUAUGCACAAAGAUGAGCUUUACUAUAAUAACAGCUUUACUUCUCUCCAGCCUCAGUAAGUAAUGGCACUGAAUUACUCUCACACUGUGCUCCAUGGAGAACUUCUGUCUCACUGAAUUAUUUCCUGAUUAUUUCUUAACUUUUGCUCCUUGAGCAUAAAAGUUUGCAUCAACACGUAUUUUCUUGGAGGCGUUUCUGUGAUGAGUUAGAGGAACAGAAAGAAGAAGAGCACACCUCCUCUUUAUGUUGAAGACGUACCCUUCCUGGACUCACUUCAGUUACGGACAUUGCAGAGCUUCAGUCGUGCACACGAUGAUCAACUUUACCUUGAUAACAGCUUUCAUUCUCUGCAGCCUCAACUGGAUCUGUGUCUCAGUGUCUGAGACUCAGACUGUGGAGGUCCAGCCUGGUCAAGAUACCAAACUGCAGAUCUCCAACAUUUCCAAAUAUGAAACUGUGACAUUCUGGUUCAGACUGAUCAACAGAACCAGAGUCAGCUGCAUUUCUGUUAUGCAUAACUCUAAAGACAAAGCUGAAUUCUGUGAGGGAUAUGACAAUGGAAAUUUUGAAAUGAGAUAUGGUGAAUCGUUUGUCUUUCUCCGAAUCAAACAAGUGGAUUUCUCUGACUCUGGACUUUAUUUCUGUGGAUUUUACAACAAUGGACGUCCAAAUUUCACAGUGAUCGAUUUAAAGGUUAAAGGCAGCAAUGAGUCACAUGAUGACAUGGACAGAAAAUGUAAAGAAGAGUGUGAUGGAACGACAAAGCUGAAGAGUGUGAUCCUGGCUGGUCUGAGUGUUUUCCUUGUUUUCCUUGUAAUGGUCAUCAUUGGUCUGGUUGUUCAAAACAGGAAACUUCAGACAGCUGAUAAAGAAGAACAGAAGCCAGAGCAAAGUGAGAAUCAUGGCUCUGAUGAGCUGAACUACGCAGCAGUGACUUUUCAAGCAAAAGCAAAAAGAAGAGAGCUGGAGCCAAAUGUUGUUUAUGCUGCCACCAGAUAGACUCAGGAGGAAACUGGAACUGAUGCUGUAUCACAUUCAUAUGCUCUGGAUCUUUGUCUGGCUUGUUGCUCAGAGGAAGAAACACUCUGGUCAAAAAAUGACAUUUUGCAAUAAAGAUGUGAUGUUGAUCCUUUUUCAAGUGUCUUUCUGCUGCAGAGCUUCAAUUGUCAGCAUUUGCUUUCUCUCAAUCAAA